AUGUCAGGAAUUCUGUCAUGUAAAGGCUGUCAGCGGAACUUCUGCCAAGGGCAUAUGAAUGAACAUCGACAAGAACUAGAAGGUGAUUUCCAACGUGUAUUAAGUGAUCGAGAUUUACUUUAUCAACAAAUAUAUUCCGAAACUCCAACAGAUCCCC